ACUAUUCACAAUUAUACUUCACGACACGGAUCUUAUAGGGAUGACCCUCCCCGGAGUUAUACCGGGUACCUUAGAUAAAGGUACAUUAGUAUGGCGACAGCUGCAAAGCUAAACAGCUAGGAAAGUCCAUCCGGUGAACUUCUUAGAUCGACACGAACCUUAUCUAAUAAGUACCUCAAAAUCCUGGGUUGGCUUAUCACGGCCCCUGGUUAUUCUGAGUUGUCACAUAACUUUUUAUAUUCUUAUAUAGAUAAUAUCUCUCAGCCAAAAUUGAUUAUAAAAUAUUCCCUUUUAAUACCCCAAAGAAAAAACUCGGAAUAAUUCUGUAUACACUGGUAGCGAUGGUUUAGGAAUACAUCUAGUGUUACCUGACAUUCAAUUCCAAAGAUACGACCCUAUAUUACUACUUCGUUUAAGUCGGCAGAUUCCGCCGAAUCGGAUUAUUGUCGAAAUGCCAGUCAAAGUAUCUCUCCUUACAGAGGCAGACAUACCAGGUGCCGUAUCUGCAAUUCAACAAGCUUUUGCCGAUGAUCCGUAUAACAAUUGGGUCUUCAACAGAUCUACGUUCAACCAGCAACGUAACGCGGCCUCUCUUGGCAUUCGAUGUCGAUGGGGUAUGCGUAAUGGCCUCUUCUACGUCGCUAAAGAAGAAGGCAGCGAUGAAGUUUUAGGUGUCGCUUGUUGGCUAAAACCGCAACCGGCGAAUCACCAAUCUACUUGGCACGAUUGGGCCGAAGGUUGGCGACUGUGGCUUAGCCAGGUCGGAAUGAAUCUGUACUACGGCCGGGGAGGUCUCAACGUGAAGCGGUACUACAUAUGGAAAGAAGCCCAGGCUAAAGCCCAAUCAUCCGUCUGGACCGACCCGCGGGGUUACUAUUUUCUCAACAUAAUGGUUGUACUACCUAAGGCCCAGAACAUGGGAAUAGGACGGCUUAUGAUGGAGACCGUAACAGACCAGGCCGACGCCGAGGGCAUGAAGUGUUACCUCGAAUCUAGUCGGGACGUGCCUAAUAUGCAGAUCUACGGUCGCUUUGGCUUCAAAUUCGCGAAGGAGCUUGAAUGCGAUGAUAACGGCACUGGCAUUAAGCUUUAUGCCAUGGUUAGGGAACCCAACGCCAAGCCGCAGAUGAAUUGAUCGUACCUGGUUUGGUGGCCUUGGUUAUCAAACCCGGGCUGUGAUUACGGUUUGGGCAAUGAUAUCGUGCACGAGCUUAUAUAUACCGAACCGACGUUAUUCAUUGGCACGUGGAAAU